UACAAUUUGAUUAUAAAGGUAUUUUUCGCAAGAUGUACGAUCGGUUCCGCUUCUAUGAAUUUCUAGAGAAACCGAUUUCGUUCCGAUUCGCUUCAGUAUUCGAUACAAUCUAGUGCGAGAUAAAAGUUCAUCAUACGAAGAAGGAAGAAGUAUUUAGGGAACAUCGCAACGGCCAUGACUUUGGUCAAGUGUUGUUUCGAAACCCCCGACCUCGUCAAUGUGGUCGAAUCUUUCGUCCAGAAGUGUUCGGAAUCGGCAUGUUGCUGUGGCUGCUGUAGCGCCUUCAGGCCCAGAUAUAAAAGACUCGUCGACAACAUUUUUCCUGUUUAUCCUCAAGAUGGACUGGUUAAGUCCAACAUGGAAAAACUCACUUUUUACUCGCUUAGUUCGCCAGAGAAGUUGGACCGUAUUGGGGAAUAUUUGUACCAGAGAGCUGCGAGGGAUAUUUACCGAAAGAAAUAUGGAUUCGUCAUCAUCGCCAUGGAGGCGAUGGAUCAGCUCCUGUUGGCGUGCCACGCUCCCACUUUGAAUUUGUUCGUAGAGAGCUUUUUGAAGAUGGUGCAGAAGCUGUUGGAAUCCACGGAACCGGAGCUACAAAUAUUGGCGACUCAAUCGUUUGUGAAGUUCGCGAAUAUAGAAGAAGACACGCCCUCGUAUCACAGACGGUACGACUUUUUCGUUAGCAAAUUUUCCGCUAUGUGUCACAGCGGUGAACGGGAGGAAAUAAGAGACCAAAUUCGAAUAGCUGGAAUCAAAGGUUUGCAAGCGGUGGUGAGAAAGACAGUAUCCGAUGACUUGGUGGAGAAUAUCUGGGAGCCAGUCCAUAUGGAUAAGAUUGUACCUAGUCUUCUCUUCAAUAUGCAGGAAUCAGGUUUUCAUCAGAAAGAACCAGGUAGUAUUGACGUAGGCCCAGAUGAUAACUUGGAUCCACCAAUGUUGGCUGAAACAUGUAUGAGGGAAUUGGUUGGCAGAGCAUCAUUUGGUCACAUCAGAGCUGUCCUUAGACCAGUAUUCAAGCACUUCGAUUUGCAUAAACUGUGGGUCCCUAACCAAUUUGCCAUUCAUACAUUUAGGAUAAUAAUGUUUUCAAUUCAGGCACAAUACUCUUAUACUGUGGUGGAAACUCUUAUGGCUCAUCUUGACGAUAACGCAAAAUCCAGUCCUACGAUACGAACCAGUAUCGCUGGCGUUUUAGCCAAAAUCAUUGCUAUUGCGGCAGGAGAAAGUGUCG